AUGCCCUCAAGAUACCAUCGCGUGUUGUUGAGGUCCUUUGCAUCGCAUAAAAUCCAGAAACGGGGGUUUAGCCACAGCCUUCGCCGUGCGAACGAAUCAUGGCGUCAAGAACAGGACGACGACGAAGGCUGGCGCGAGGAGAAGAUGUCAGUCAAUGAGCGGGUGCCGGUACACAAGACACGACGAGUCUUUUCCGGGAUUCAGCCUACGGGUGUGCCACAUCUGGGAAACUAUCUGGGAGCUCUGCGACAAUGGAAACGAUUGCACGACCAAUCCAGCGAUCCGCAGUUUUCCGAUAAAUAUGAGCCCGAACAAUUCUUCUCAGUCGUGGAUUUGCAUUCCUUGACAGGUGUGGACAUGCCGUUUGAAGAGAGAUUACGUCUGAGAAAAGAAUCCUUUGCCUCGCUCCUGGCAAUGGGCAUCCAAAACACCAAGGAGACGACUGUCUUUUUCCAGUCCGACGUAUGGUGCCAUGCGGAGUUGAUGUGGAUUCUCAGCACCAUUGCAUCGACCGGCUAUUUGUCUCGAAUGACACAGUGGAAGAGCAAGCUAGACCUCCCGGAUUCUGCCAGUUUAAUGAGUGAUGAGGCUACGGCCAAGCUUAAACUUGGUCUGUUCUCAUAUCCAGUGCUGCAGGCAGCCGACAUUCUGCUGUACCGUGCCUCCAUGGUUCCGGUAGGGGAAGAUCAACUACAACAUAUUGAGUUUACUCGCGCCUUAGCUCGCAGUUUCAACUCUCGCGUUCGAAGAUCAGGCUCUGGCCAGGCUGUGUUCAGAAUCCCUUGGCCUGUGUUAUCUCCUGCCAAACGGAUCAUGUCUCUGAAACGACCGACCCAAAAGAUGUCCAAGUCGGAUCCUGACCCCAAAUCACGCAUCCUCAUUACCGACAGCGAGGAGGAAAUCCAUGCCAAAAUCAGAGGAGCCGUGACCGACUCCGAACCCGGCAUUUCCUUCGAUCCGGAACGCCGGCCCGGAGUGUCUAACCUGAUAGAAAUACUGAAACAUGUCACGCAAUCACAGCAGCCUUCGGUACAUAUUGCCAAGGAUAUAGGGAAUGUGAGCAUGCGUGCAUUCAAGGAAAAGGUGGCGGCAGAGAUCGUCACCGCUCUCGAUGGCAUCCGUGACAACUUCCUGGAGUUGAUGCAGCCCAAUAACUAUACGCUGCACGACGAAGUCUUCCAGGGUGCUUACAAGGCGCGGGAGAGAUCCCGAAAGACCCUCCAGGAUGUCAAGCAAGCUCUGGGAUUGCAGACCUUGGCUCUACCCUGGAAGGCAAAACCGCGCGAGCAGAAAGAGGCAGGUGAUCGUCCGGAGAGGGCGGCGAAGGAGGAAGAAUUUGAAGAAUGGGAUCCGACCUCGUUCAGCCCGGACAAAUAUGAAGGCGUUCCUAUCCGUCAUAUAUCGGCCGACGGCUAUGUUCCCAUCCGGCAUGUCCCAAGUGAUCAGAAAGUGGAUCGAGCAGAGGAUCGACGACAUAUCGACGGCGACCACCCUGCAACGGAGAAUAGUUGA